GGGUGGAGGGGAAGGGGAGGGCUCACAGACUCCGGCCCCGGAAAUCCGAUCCCUUUAGGACCCAGAGGUGCCAGUCCCCCAGCGGCGGCGGAGAGAAGGGCAGCCGCUCGGUCUCUGGCAGCCGCCGCUCGCGCAGAGCCAGAGAAAGACCGAGCUCGGGGCGCGGGGGGGAGGGAGGGAGGGAGGGUGGCGCGGCGGCGGAGCGGCCGGGGUCGGCGGAGCAGCCAUGGGCGCCGGGGUGCCAGACCCCCCGAGAAGCACGGCCCCGGGCUGGGGUGGGGGGCGACCGGGCUGCCAGCCCCGCUGACACCGCCUCGGACGAUGUGAGCCGGGGCCCCGGCCGCUGCUUCUCGGGCUUGGAGCGCGGUCCCUCCGGCCGCUCUUCUCCUCUGGGCGGGGGCGACCGGCCCAGGCCGCGGGGGCUCCAGGAGGGAGGGGGCGCUUGGCUGGGGAAGGCGACCCACACAGGGCAGUCGACACCCAACCCCCCCUCCUUUUUUUUCUUCCCCGUUUUAAAAGCGGGGUUCUCUGCUUUUUGGCAGCUGGAUCCGGGGGAGCCUUAAAAAGGCCUUUCGGUUUUUUUUUUCCGGGGGGAGGCGGCGGUGGUCCCGAGUUGGCCAGCCGCCUGUUGGAGGGGGGGAGCGGGAAGCGGGGGGAUGCGAACCCAGCCCCCCCCAUCAUGAUGAAAACGGAGCCGCGGGGGCCCGGGGGUCCCCUCCGGAGCGCCUCCCCGCACCGCAGCGCCUACGAGGCGGGCAUCCAGGCGCUGAAGCCGCCCGAGGCGCCCGGGCCCGACGAGGCACCCAAGGCGGCCCACCACAAGAAAUAUGGCUCCAACGUCCAUCGCAUCAAAAGUAUGUUCCUGCAGAUGGGCACGACGGCGGGCCCGGCGGGCGAGGCGGGCGGCGGCGCGGGCCCCCCCGAGGCCCUGCGGGCGCCCGAGCGCGGCAGCGUGCGCCUGUCGCUGCCGCGGGCCAGCAGCCUCAACGAGAACGUGGACCACAGCGCCCUGCUCAAGCUGGGCACCAGCGUGUCGGAGCGCGUGAGCCGCUUCGACUCCAAGCCCGCGCCCUCGGCGCAGCCCGCGCCGCCGCCUCACCCGCCGUCCCGGCUGCAGGAGACGCGGAAGCUGUUCGAACGCAGCGGCCCCGCGGCCGGCGGCGGCGGCGACAAGGAGGCCGCGGCGCGGCGGCUGCUGAGGCAGGAGCGCGCGGGCCUGCAGGACCGGAAGCUGGACGUCGUCGUGCGCUUCAACGGCAGCACCGAGGCGCUGGACAAGCUGGACGCCGACGCCGUGUCGCCCACGGUCAGCCAGCUCAGCGCCGUCUUCGAGAAGGCCGACUCGAGGACCGGCCUCCACCGCGGGCCGGGGCUGCCCAGGGCCGCGGGGCCGCCGCCGCUCAACUCGAAGCUGGUCAGCAAGCGCUCCCGGGUGUUCCAGCCGCCGCCGCCGCCCGCCCCGUCGGGGGAUGCCCCGACCGACAAGGAGCGCGGCCCCGGGGGGCAGCAGCCCCCGCAGCACCGGGGGGCGCCCGCCCGCCCGCCGCCCAAGCCCCGGGAGAUGCGCAAGAUCAAGCCGGUGGAGGUGGAGGAGAGCGGGGAGUCGGAGGCCGAGGCGGCGCCCGGGGAGGUGAUACAGGCUGAGGUGACGGUCCACGCGGCUCUGGAGAAUGGCGGCGCCCCGGCGGCAGCCGGCCCCGCGCCCGACGACCCCAAGGCCCCGGCGGCCCCCGAGGAAGAGGAGGAGGCGGCGGCGGCGCCCGCGCCCGAGAGAGAACCGGGCAACGGCCGGGGCCCUGACGCGGCCCCCGAGGAGGCGGACGAGUCCAGGAAGGAGGACUUCUCGGAGGCGGACUUGGUGGACGUGAGCGCCUACAGCGGGCUGGGGGAGGACUCUGGGGGCAGCGCCCUGGAGGACGACGAGGACGACGAGGAGGACGCCGAGCCCCCGUACGAGCCGGAGUCGGGGUGCGUGGAGAUCCCGGGGCUCUCGGAGGAGGAGGACCCGGCCCCGAGUCGGAAGAUCCAUUUCAGCACCGCGCCCAUCCAGGUGUUCAGCACCUACUCCAACGAGGACUAUGAUCGUCGCAACGAGGAUGUGGAUCCCAUGGCGGCCUCUGCUGAGUACGAGCUGGAGAAGCGGGUGGAGAGGUUGGAGUUGUUCCCUGUGGAGUUGGAGAAGGACUCUGAAGGCCUGGGCAUCAGCAUCAUCGGCAUGGGGGCAGGAGCAGACAUGGGCCUAGAGAAACUGGGCAUCUUCGUCAAGACCGUGACUGAGGGUGGUGCUGCUCAUCGCGAUGGCAGGAUCCAGGUGAACGACCUCUUGGUGGAGGUGGAUGGAACCAGUCUGGUAGGAGUGACCCAGAGCUUUGCUGCUUCUGUGCUCAGGAACACCAAGGGCCGCGUGCGGUUUAUGAUUGGCCGAGAGCGGCCAGGCGAGCAGAGUGAGGUGGCCCAGCUAAUUCAGCAAACCCUGGAGCAGGAACGAUGGCAACGGGAGAUGAUGGAGCAAAGAUACGCCCAGUAUGGGGAGGAUGAUGAAGAGACGGGAGAGUAUGCCACUGACGAGGAUGAGGAGCUGAGCCCCACGUUCCCAGGUGGUGAGAUGGCCAUCGAGGUCUUUGAGCUGGCGGAAAACGAGGAUGCACUGUCUCCUGUGGACAUGGAGCCUGAGAAGCUAGUACACAAAUUCAAAGAGCUCCAGAUCAAGCAUGCAGUGACUGAGGCAGAGAUCCAGCAGCUGAAAAGAAAGCUGCAGAGCCUUGAGCAGGAGAAGGGGCGGUGGCGGGUAGAGAAGGCCCAACUGGAGCAGAGUGUGGAGGAAAACAAGGAGCGCAUGGAGAAGCUGGAAGGCUACUGGGGAGAGGCCCAGAGCCUCUGCCAGGCCGUGGACGAGCACCUGCGAGAGACGCAGGCCCAGUACCAGGCUUUGGAGCGCAAGUACAGCAAAGCCAAACGCCUCAUCAAGGACUACCAGCAGAAGGAGAUCGAGUUCCUGAAAAAGGAAACUGCACAGCGUCGAGUUCUGGAGGAGUCAGAGCUGGCUAGGAAGGAGGAGAUGGACAAGCUACUGGACAAGAUCUCAGAACUGGAAGGAAACCUGCAAACACUGAGGAAUUCCAAUUCUACUUAACAGGAAUCAUUCCUUGACUGGACAAUAAUGAGUCCCCUCCCACUGUCCUUCCUUCCCUGUCCUCAAUACUCCACCCCGCUCCUUACCAGCCUGGGGACAGGUGCCCCGACUUGACUCCCCCACCCCUCCACCCCACUUCCCCCAGCUUCAGGGACCAGCAGGCCCAUAGCACAGGCCCUGGCAAACAGUGGUGGCUGGAAGGAUGGUCUUGCCCCAUGGGGCUGAGGCAGAGGCUGAGGGACGCCAAGGGCUGGCCUGGGUGGUGGAUGGAUACAUGAACCUGCAGACCAAACUGCCAGACUUUUAUAACCUCCAGCCUUUGUCUCUGGACUGGAAUGGGGCUGGGGCUUCUCCCAGCAUCACACCACCUGGAGGCUGCUCCCUGCCCUGGGGAUCCUGGGUGCCCCUGGGCCUAUUGACUUGAGAUUCUACCUUUUUGGCCCUUCCCCUGCCCCCAUCAUUGUGCUGUAUGUUGCAUUCUGACCCUCCUGGGAGGGGCUGCCUCCACAUGUCCUCCCAUCCCUGCCCUCUCUUAGGAGGGACAGUCCACCCUAGAGUCUGGAGGCUGGGCCUGGCCCUGCACUGUUUCCUCUUGUAUCCUUCAGGGAAAGGGGAGUGAGACUUUGACAAGGGGAGAGUCUAGGACACCUGGUCCCCAGCUCCCUUUCCUGGGGCAGCAAGUCCUUAUUUCUCUUUGUGCCUCCCCCCCUCCCACCACAUCCCCCAGGUGCCAAAUAGCCAUAUAACCUCCUAGUGAAACUGUUCUGUGGCCUAUCUGGGGUCCAGGUUUCCUGGUCAAGCCUGGAAAUGCUAAAGAGAAGAGGAGGUCAGCCUAGGGGGUCUGGCAGCAGAGGCCUGAGCCUCUUGGGAUCCUUUGUCAUCAGGAGAACCAGGCCCUGUCCUGCCCUGCCCUUCCCAGGGCCACACCUGGAAGCCUUGUACUAACACCACAGAGCUUCAGCCUCACCCCACUCCACCCCAUCCAUUUUUCCAAUGUUUUGACUGGAGGGCAAGGUUUUACUAUUCAUCUUUUUGGAGACCAGGGCUGCCCUGACUGCAGCCUGCUUUCUAAGUGAAAUAACUCUGCCCUUUCCCCUCUCCCUCCCCCACUUUAACCCCAAAUUGGGGCUUGGACCAAGGGAGGAGAGAGCACCCCACCCCGCAGGUCCCCUCCCCUUUCCGAAUCCAUCUUUUAUUUUAACUCCUCUUCAUGUUCCUGCCCAGACCUGGAUUCUUGUUCAUUUUUUUAAAAACCAGACCAGUCCUACCCCCACACCCCGGUUUAGGCUUCUCUCCCCUUGUAAAUAGACCAUGCCAUCAAUCAGUAUUUCUUGCCUCCCCCUCCUGCCUUCUGCCCCACCCCCUGAGAGCGGGCCGUCUGGGUGCCGGGUUCCUGUGCUUCACCUUCCACCCGGCAGAUGGAGGGGGCGGGGCUGAGGCGGGGCCGCCGGGCGCUUCCGGUCUCAGACCCGGGGCGCUCCUGCCCCGCCUUCUGCAGGACCGCGUCUCUGUAUAUAAUAUAUAUAUAUGUAUGUAUUGUUCCCGGUUUUGUACGGACCAUGCCCUCUGUCAGGUCGUCCCCAUAAAAGCAGCCCCCAGA